CAGGUUUCUCUGAACAGCUGCCAAUGUUUCACAUGUUUGUUUUGUUCUGUUUGUGCGCCGGCCGUCUGAUCGGUGUGUUUGCCGCCGAAACAAAUGAAAUACAGUCAGUGUCAGUGAUGGAGGGAGAAUCUGUUACUCUACACACUGAUGUUACCAAAAUACAUGAAGACGACGACAUACUGUGGAAAUAUGGAGCUGAAAACUCUCUGAUAGUUAAAAUCAGCAAAGACAACCGAAUCUUCACCACAUAUGAUGAUGUUCCUGAUGGGAGAUUCAGAGACAGACUGAAGCUGGACGAUCAAACUGGAUCUCUGACCAUCACACACACCACGACUGAACACACUGGAGUUUAUCGACUAGAGUUAAAUGGAGAGAAACUGACAUCAAAAACAUUCAGUGUUUCUGUCUAUGCUCGUCUGCCUGUUCCUGUCAUCAGCAGAGACUCUUCAAAUUGCUCUUCAUUUUCUUCUUCAUCACAUUGUUCAUUGGUGUGUUCAGUGUUUGAUGUGAGUAAUGCGACUCUGUCCUGGUACGCAGGAAUGAGUGUAUUGUCCAGCAUCAGUGUGUGUGAUCUCAGCAUCAGUCUCUCUCUACCUCUGGAGGUGGAAUAUCAGGAUAAAAACACCUACAGCUGUGUGCUGAACAAUCCCAUCAGCAACCAGACCACACAUCUGGACAUCAACACACUCUGCAACCACACAUGUGCAGACUCCAUUCACUGUUGUGGUUCUACUGAAGCUCUGAUCCGAUUGGUCCUCUCUGCUCUGGUGGGCGUGGCUACUGUCAUUGUUCUACUUUAUGACAUCAGAUCCAGAAGAGCUGAACAAGAUCAAGCACAUAGUCACACAUUGGGACAGUAAAUGAUGACGCCAUUUCUCAUUUUCAACCAUUUCAAACAUGUGCUUAAUCUCAAUCUGAUGGUAUUGAUGUUUAUUUUGGAACCUUUAUUAAAAAAAAAAAAAAAAAAUGGGGAGGUGCGAUGUAACUUAGCUUUCCAUUUAUUCCUUAAAAGUCACUUUAAUCACUCCGAUACCACAGCACAUGUUUCAUUUCAUCAUUUUUCUCCAAAAUGCUUCACAUGUAUAAUUCUGUUAGGUUAGGAUUCCUUGAUACUUCAGCUUGUUGUUAAGGUCAUGGGGUUAGAUAUGACAAAACUAGAGAGCUGUCCAGUUCCGUUUCCACUUUUGUUGUAUUCUUAGUCUAACUUUAAUGCACACCAUAGGACCUACAUCCUAAUUCAUACCCUACUCCCCAUGUAUGCGUACAUUAGGUAAGUUAUAGAUAGAGCGAGUCUAGCGAGAGCGCAUUUACGGGCUGUAAAUGUAUAUUUUAUACUACACUUGUGUUUGUUUGUUUUUUUUAUUUUGUGUUGCUUUAUUAUUUUCAUUGACUGUAUUAUUCAUUGCUAUUCUUUCUUUGGUUGCAGAAACCACACAUCUAGAUCAAACUAUAAAUGACCCGUGGAUUCACUUGAAUAAAUCAAUGCUUGGGAAACAA